AUGUCAGUAUUCAAAGUGCACUCGAGCCGAUUCGAUCGAUUCGCUGGAAAUUUGAGCUGACCGAGUGGUAGUGUUGUGUUGCGGUGGUGGUUUUCUAUGUAGCUCAACGCGACCCGCGAUCGGUGCUUUCCAUUCCAUCCGCCAUCCUCGUCGCUCCUAUAGGAAACUAAUCAGGUUCUGUACCAGCUUUUAUCGAAAUCUACUUUAAAAUAAUUAGAAUUUGCAAUAGCCAUUUUCGUUGUUUUCCUACCUGUUCGAUGAGUGCAGCGCUGGGCCGAUUGUUGCGCUACGCUGCCGGUGUGUUUGUAAGUGAAUAAGUUUCUGCACAGGCACACGACUAGUGGUGACCUAAACGCGAUUUUCGAAACUUCCAUUGAUGGCGAACAAUAACACUACCAGUAGCACCGGAGGCAGCGACAGCAGCGAACGUGGUUUUUACGCGUAAUUCAAAACGAUAGAAAAUGUCGCGAUCCAUUUUCCAUCUUCGUCAUGCACGUGCCUGGUGCUUCUAGUGUUCGCGGCAAUAGUAGAAUGUCGUUGGGCUGGUGAUGAUGAUUUUAUUUUAUUUUGCUGCUCAUCAAUGUCAUGUGUUGUUUGUUGGUGACCCGAUUGUCUCGGGGAAAGCUUAUGCUGACCGUAAAGGGGGAGUGCUUAUGUUAACCGUUACUAAUGGCAGUGAUAGUGACAGUGACACAUCUUGCGACCGAACUGAUCUCACUGAUUCACUGGGAAAAAGGUGAUCGUACUGCCAGUUGACGAGAAACGCCAGGCUUCGGAAUUGUACGGCCAACGAAGGCUAACGUGUGUCAGCUGGAAGUGUAGCAACAGGUUGGAACGAAACGGUUGAAAACAGCUCGCGUUAACAAUGUUGUUUGAGAUAAAACUUGAACUUUAGAAGGUUGAAGUUUGACAUCAAAUUCGUGUACGAACGAAGUGAAAUAAUGAAGUAAAAUUUGAUGUUCGGGUACAAUCCAAACUGCAUCAGUGUCACGAAUGCGUAUUCUGACAACGAAUUGCUUUCAUGUUUCUUUGAUAGAAAUAUUUUAGGAUUGAGUAAGAUUUCAUCCUCAUUCUCCGAACCAACACUGAUAAAUUGAAAUAGUGUCAUACAUAUCGAAAGAAUAGAGUGAAUUGAAAAAUGAAAAAAUUGAAGUGUUCCUAAUAAUAAAAAGAAGCAAUUAACGUUCAACAUUAACAUGUGAAUGAUGAUGUGAUGAUCAUCAAUCAUUAUUCGUGGAGGAAAAUAACGCACCAAAAAAAAAAUAAAGUGAGCAAAAAGCAAAAUAUCAAUGUGAAACGAAGAAGUGAGAUAAUAUGAAGUUACCAUUUGGCCCAAACUGCGAAGAAACCCUGGGCCCAACUCCGUCAAGAGGAACGCCGCCGCCGGCGGCACCAACAACAACAGCCUCGGGAGAUAUUCUGCGGUGAAGAAAACCACCUUCGAACAGCAGUGUCAUGCCAGCAUGCCAAAACCGACGCCGUCAACAAGUGUUCGUUUGGUGUUGAAGUGAAAUUUUUCCAAGUCAGCUAAAAAUAAAUAUUCAAAGCCAUUUGAAAUCCGAACCAAGCAACGUUCCGCAAGCUACCGAGCUGCACGAACGAAGGCGAGGCAGGUCCGCGUGACAGCAAUAACGUCACAUUGACGUCGUAGUGGCUGUGUCUAGUGAUAAAUUGGUAAAGUGAAGUGCAAUUGUUCGAUCGACCCGAUCGAAGCCAGGAUCGUUGGAGUUGUCAGUUGAAACAGCAAACACCGAUCAAGGAAACGAGCUGCCAUAGUAACAUUCCAACAGCACCGAAAUGACUAUUUCAUAUUCCGCUGAGGUACCUAACGGCAGUAAUUUCGGAUGUUUUUGGCGUAUUUUGUGGAAAUGGCGAGGCAGCGUGUACAAAGCAAUCUGGCGAGAACUAUUAGCAUAUCUAUGUGUAUAUUACACACUGAAUCUGACCUAUCGGUACGGUCUAAGCGAAGAAGGCAGAAGAGUAUUCGAACGGAUACGAAACUACUGCGGUCAACAGCGAGAAAAUGUUCCACUUUCCUUCGUGCUGGGCUUCUACGUCAGUCUAGUGGUGAAGAGAUGGUGGGAGCAAUACCGAUUACUUCCCUGGCCCGACACGCUUGCCCUCUUCGUUAGCGCUGCCAUCCAAGGUCAUGACGAAACCGGCCGACUGAUGCGACGAAACAUCAUGCGCUACAUGGUCCUCGCAUACGUAAUCACAUUGCAGAAAAUCUCGCUGCGUGUGAAACGACGCUUUCCGACCUGGCAGCACCUGGUGGAUGCUGGUCUAAUGUUGGAAAGUGAACGCAAAAUUUUCGAAAUUAUGGACUCUAAGAGUCCGAUGUCCAAGUACUGGAUGCCCCUGGUUUGGGCAACCAAUAUCAUUAACCGUGCCCGAAAGGAAGAACUGAUUCCGUCCGAUCAUAUUGUGCAAACGCUGCUCAUGGAACUGUCCGACAUCCGUCGACGUCUGGGAGGUCUUAUCGGUUACGAUACGGUAUGUGUGCCGCUGGUGUACACGCAAGUGGUGACGCUGGUGUUGUAUUCCUACUUCACGGCCGCCAUUAUGGGCAGCCAAAUGAUUCCCACGUACGACGAGAAGACCCACACGUACAUGGAGCUGGACGUGUAUUUUCCACUGUUUACCGCUCUGCAGUUCGUAUUCUACGUUGGUUGGUUGAAGGUUGCCGAAGUACUGAUCAAUCCAUUUGGCGAGGAUGAUGACGACAUCGAACUGAAUUGGUUGAUAGACAGACACAUCAAAGCUUCAUACAUGAUCGUGGAUGAAAUGCAUGACGAACAUCCGGAGUUGCUGAAAGAUCAAUACUGGGAAGAGGUAGUACCGAAAGAUUUGCCCUACACGGUAGCGUCCGAACACUACCGGCGAGAAGAACCGAAAGGCUCGGCCGAGCACUAUGUCGUUAAGGAGUCGGAAGCAGUUUAUGCUAACAUCGGUGGAGGGAAGCGAGCUCCGAACGAAGAGGUUUAUGCUGAUUAUGAAAGCGUGGAUACUCCGAUGGCUGAACGACGCAAAGGAUGGUUCGGACGACAAAUCACAAGAAUCUCGAUGCGUAGCUCAUCCACUGCGUACUCGUCUGGUGGUUUGUUCAGCCGUAAUCGACACAACUCGGUUUAUUCUAGUCCCGAAGCUGGUCUUACGCAACCGAUCACCGCCGGUGCACCCAUGCAGAAGAUCAGUUUCUACGAUAAGUUUGUCAACCGAAAAUCUGGUCGCAAUCCAAGGCAAAUUGUUAAACAAAAUUCAAAGAUUAGCCUAAAUGGAUCCGUGAUUUCAAAUGUGCCACCGAAGGCUCGUCCUCGCAUUCCCACACCCGACGUUGCUAAAGACAGCAAAACGCAUCCACUAGCUGGGAUCACUACUAACUCUGCACAGUUGGAGAAAACCUCCAACAUCGCAUCAGGAGUAGCCUUGAUGGCUACACAGCUGGCCAAUAAUCCGUCCAUUUAUCCAGCGACGACAGCUACCACGCUGAACAAUAGCGACCUACCAGUAGUGGGAACGCUCCUGCUGGCUCCCAUAAAGGAACUUGAUUCCAGCUCAGUCACCAAUACUCUACACGCUGGUCAAUCAGCGACGGCGGCUCUGGCCAAGUCGAUUUUGCCAUCCAACAUCAAAAGUUCCGUAUCCACCUUUGCCAAAGACGGCAAAAUGUCACCGACAAGAAAAACCAACGCACUAAGUGCCAACACGGUCAUCAUGCUACCCACCACCAGUGCCAGUGGCAUGAGUGACAGCACGGACAGUGGACCUACAACGGUCCCGGCCGUUUCCGAUGCCAUCCCCAUUGCGAUCACGUCGAUACCGCUCACGUUUACCGUGACGCCGGUAGCCGAGGUCAGUGCCAAUACCGGUACCAUCAUCACCGAGUUGCCAUGUGACGACAGUGUCGGGGUCAGCACCGUGACACUGAACAAUGAGAAAAAAGGACCACCAGGCUCCGAACCGUCGUCAUCCGCCACAUCCACACUAAGCAAGCGGAAACCCAAGCACAGUGAGGUCUACGUGUGAGUGGCACCAGGUCCGUCGUUUUACUGAUUUUGGUUUUAUGCAACAUAUUUUAAUCGUAUUUAGGAGAUUUUUCAAUUGUACUAGCAUUCCGCAGACGAUGUGUACGCUGUCAGGUGUUCUCUCACCUGUACGUACGUACACAGUGAUAGGAAACAAAACAUUAUAGAACAGCAGUUAGCACUUGUUCAAAUACUACGAAACUGAUGAUACGCUACAAAACAUUGUUUUUAAAACAGCAUUUCCAUUUACUUGCGCUGUGUAGGUUUUUAUAAUUGUGUAAAUAUGUUUAUUAUUUUACCUUGACGAUGAGCAUAAAGUCGAAUGCAAUUUUAUUCAGUUGAAUUGACCGUAGAAAAAUUUAGUACCACUGUUAAAUACAAAAAUGUUUUAAGCAUCAAGAA